AGCUGGAGCGAAAUGAUGAAGCGAGCGCCAUUUCUUGUAUGUUGUUUGUCUGAAGGCGGUUGUUGCCAUGGUAUUGUUCUUUGUGAACAGGAGAUUUGGUCUACUGAACUGUACUAAGUCUAGUCUAGAGGGCUCUAUCAAAAGUUCUGCUUAUUUCAGUGACCCAUUCCCAUACUUGCCAUGCUCAAGAUGGCUGCAUCGGGCCUUCGUUCAACUUUCGCUUCCUGGUUUAGUUGUCCUACUACCAACACCAAUAGGAAAAGGCCAGCAAAAGAAAUGGAGACCCCUGACUGCAACAAUGAAGAGAAUUUAGACCCAAACACCCUCCAGGCUCCUAGAUGCAAGAAACAGCGCAGGACAUACUCAGUUCCCCGGGAAAUACGGGACAGAGUCAAGAGAAAGCUAUUCACAGACCCACCAGCAGAAGAGGAGCUCACAAUUCAUAAUGACGUACCAAGAGGGAGCCGCAACAGAACGAAUAGUUUAUUUGUCCUACCUAUCGAGAUACUCCAUCUUAUCUUUGGCCUCCUAGACAGGGAGACACUGACGAUGCUGGCAUCUUUAUCAAAGGAUCUAAACGAGAGUGUCAUUACAUACGCAUUAAGUGGAGCUGGUCUGAAGCACGUCAUAGCUUACCAGAAUGGAAAGUAUGAGCCUGCACAUUACAGCGAAGCAGGUAACAUGUUUAGAAGGUUAACAGCCACAAAAAACUUGAGGCAAAGAUUAAAAAUAGCAAGCCAAAUUUCAGAAAUGAAGAAGCCAUUGUGUGACGCUGUGAUAAGGACUGCUGGAAAUGCUGUGGCUUACAAGUGCUUUGGGAGCCUGUUUUUUCGAUAUAUCAUAACAUGGUCAGAGUACGACAAACUGAGAGCAUAUUGUUUCUUUGAAAAGAAAACCAAAUUGUGCCAGAAGAUAUCACACAUUCUACGAUUGUCACCUGGUGUUCUGCCUUUACAUGAGUCUGAUGUAAGACAGCUAGUCUGCAGUACUUUACUGGGCCCUUCUCAUAACGAUGAGGAGUACAGCUUCUGGUUGAGUCAACUGUUAAAAGGACAUCCAAUAACACAUCAAGCAAGACUACUCUAUAUGCUCGCUGGACCAACUGACUGUGCAGGUUUUAUACUCUGGUCAAAUGCUUGUGAUUGUACUAGUCCUUUACAGUUGAACAAGGGCUCCACGGUCAUGAAGAAGGACAGAGACUUGAGUCCUCUUGCCAGAGGAUUUCGUGUUCUACUUACGCUAAGGAAAGAAUGGUCCAUGGAUUCCAUUAUAUCAGUAUUUGAUGAAAUGACAACUACUCCUUCUGGCUGGUGUUUGGGACAAGUGGCAAUGCUUCUAAUGCUGGCAGGUACAGACGUCACACAGGCUAUUCUAGGUAACAGAGCUGUAAAUGGACACGUAUCUGAUCUGACAGUAAUGAUGUACUACCUUGCACACUCUUGUGUCAAGGAAGACAAUGAGAAUGGGAACUCACAAAAGCUUAGCUGGUACCUAGAGAUGGUUCGCUAUGUCACUGGGAUGCUUCCUGGAAGCAAAGAAAGGCAAUGGUUUGCAUACAAUCUCAUUGACCACUGGCAGUCAUACCUCAUGUCCUUAUUUGAAGAAGAUGAUAUCAGUGAAGAAUUAGCCAAUUUUGAUGACAUUAGGCAAGAGUUUGUGACAUCACUUAACUGUCUGUCUAAGCUCUCAGUAAUCCUCCUCACCAACUUAUCAAUAUAGAUCAGGCUCCCUUUCCUUUAUUU